GUCUCGACAAGGACUCCGCCGACGGAAAGAUGGUCUGGCAGGAGUUUGAGCCCAAGCCGUGGGAGGAAACCGAUGUUGACAUUAAGAUCACUCACUGCGGUAUCUGCGGUUCCGAUUUGCACACUCUCCGCAGCGGCUGGGUAAGGCAUCUACCAUUAUGUAUCGGUUGAGAUACAGUUUCCAAAUCAUGGAUACUAACCGCAACAGAGACCUGCCCUGUAUCCCUGCUGCGUGGGCCACGAAAUCGUCGGCACUGCCGUGCGCGUUGGAUCCAAGGCUGUCGGUGGCAUCAAGGUUGGUGACCGCGUGGGUGUCGGCGCGCAGAGCGAUUCCUGCCUUGGUCGUCUGGGAGAUUGUCCCGAAUGUGCGAUGGGCGAUGAGCAGUAUUGCUCCAAGAAGAUCGUCGGUACCUACAACAAUGUGCACCUGAACGGCGGCAAGUCUUACGGUGGAUAUGCUCUGUACAACCGCACCCCGUCUCACUUCGUUAUCAAGAUCCCCGACAGCAUCCCUUCGGCACAGGCCGCCCCUAUGCUGUGUGGUGGUGUCACCCUGUUCAGUCCUCUGAAGCACCACAACUGUGGUCCCGGCAAGCGCGUGGGUAUCAUUGGUGUUGGUGGAUUGGGCCACUUCGGUGUGCUUUUGGCCAAGGCCAUGGGUGCUGAUAAGGUGGUUGCUAUCUCCCGCAAGACUGGCAAGGCCAAUGAUGCGCUGGCUAUGGGUGCCGAUCUAUAUGUUGCUACGGAUGAUGAGCCGGACUGGGCUACCAAAUAUGCCCGGUCUCUGGAUCUGAUUGUCUGCACUGUUUCUUCGACCAAGAUGCCCAUGACCGAGUACCUGGGCCUGCUCGCGACGGGCGGUGCCCUGGUCCAGGUCGGACUUCCUGAUGACGGUGUUCUCCUGGCCCCUGUCGGCAAGCUGCAGCGUCGUCUAAAGGCCACCAGCUCCUUUAUCGGCAGCCCCAACGAGAUCCGUGAGAUGUUCCAGCUCGUUGCCGAGAAGGGAGUCAAGGCGUGGAUUGAAGAAAUCCCGAUGAAGGACGCCAAUCAGGCCAUUGUGGACAUGCACGCGGGUAAGGCGCGGUACCGUUAUGUGCUGGUAAAUGAGCAGUGAUGUGAUGAUGGUGAUGAUUUACGAAGUAUGGAGUUGUUGGAGUUUAGUUGGAGAAGAGGACAGCGAUGUUGCACAGAGAUAGAUAGAG